AUGGCCCUCCCCCUCUCUGAGAUCGCGGCCGCUGCCCGCAUCGCCUACACCAUCUACGACCUGGGGUUCAGCAAGUACACGAGUGCCCAACAAGAAUACCUCGACUUCGGCAAGGACAUCUUGCUACUUCGCGAUGGUCUCGACGCCAUCGUCGAAUCGGUCGAGCACGUUGACCGCCAGGGGCGUCCGCACGGCGCGGUCGAACACGCGCACGACCUGGCGUCCUUCCACACCAUCGUUGGCGACUUCAAGGAGACCCUCAAACGCUGUGAGAAGCUCAUCCGCAAGAACGGCCACUUCAGUCGCGAUGGCAGCGGCUUCGUGCACAAUGUCCAGUGGAACUCCGGCCUAGGCAAGCACGUCGAGUAUUUGGGACGACGGGUGGCGUUCCAUUGUUCAAAGAUCAACUUGAUACUCAUCCCCUUGAAGAUAAAGAUGUACACCGACAUCCGGCGAGAAAUCGCCACGGUCCACGAAGACAUCAUCUUCCAUUUCGAGCACAUCAUCCGGGCACUUGAUAUCGACACCAACGGCGAUCUCCUGCCGGUGCCGUCCCUCCUGGAGGAAAGGUUCAGACGGUCCGUCACCCGGUCCGUCCCCUUCCCCAUCGAAAAGGGCAUCGACGCCCUGGCCCUCCACCUGGGCAACAGCACCCAGAAAUUCGUCCGCCAACCACCUCUCCUAGUGAGGCCCGACCCGUGCCAGUACAUCAACCUCAUGAAGAGCGUGUGGCUGGUGCAGCAACUGCAAAGGGACCCGGAAUUUGGUGCCCGGUGCCUGGACGUGCUCUGGGGCGCCUACUUCCGCCAGCUGCAGCGGCGCGUGAUCCACGAGUGUCGCCGGUUCUGCGCCGGCGACUGGCCCCUGGUUGCGCCCGACGACCAGCAGAUCCUGCAGGAGGCCGACGACAAGUUCGACAUCUGGGUGCACUUCGAUGAGGUCGACGACUUUGACGACCUCACCGAGCCCAACGGCAUGGAGACGCGCGUGUUCCGCACCACCCUUCCCGACGACGCCGGCCGCGCCCAGCAGAUCGCCGUGCUCCGCGUCAACACGAACCGCAUCCGGCUGGUGCGCACGCUCACGCGCGGCAGCGACCGCGCCAUCGAGAACUACGAGAUCGACUCCCAGCGCGUGCUGCUGCUACCGUUCUACAGCUUCCCCGAGGCGUCGGCCGACGCCAUCAGUCUGGGGUGGAAGGCCCAGGCGUCCGACUACCAGAGCCGCGCCCUGACGUUUCGCCGCCUGGGCGACCUGCACCGGCUGCAGGAGGCCAUCACCAACUUUGGGGUGGUGGCCGACCAGGCCGGCGUGGCGGCCGUGCAGAUCAAAGAGUCGACGCUGGGGUCGCUCAAGACCAUCGGAUCGGGCGGCCGGGCCCAGAUCUGGGUGUGUCGCGCGCAGAAACGAUACGAGCAGCAAUCGUCGAAAUCGGUCGAGACGGAUUCCGCAGGCACCAGCCCCGGACGCCGACCGCGCCAGGACUCGACUUUGACCAACAGCUCGUCCGGGUGGAACAACGGCGGCGGCGGUGGUCCCGGCGGCUGGGCGCGGUCGUAUGCCAGCUCGGUCCACGGCAGCACCAGCAUCCAGCAGUCCGGCAGCAGGGCGCUGAUCGAGCGGCCGGUGGCGGCGCAGCUGGUGCUGUUCACGGAGCGGAAAAAGGGGGUCAAGAGCUUCGUGGCCGUGCAGAUUGACGAAGCCACGCGCCUGAGCCCGGAGAGCUGCCGCUGCAACGACCCGACGCAGCAGUGUAAGAAGAUGGUCAUCAGGAAUGGUCAUCACAGCAACAAGACCGAGGUCCCUGUCAAAAUGUACGACACGAAGCCCCACCACGAGGACCAGUGGAACCUCGCCGUGUUCGGGUAUCCGGAGCACGAGGACGCACGCAAGGACGUCGCCCUGCACCGCGCCAAGUUUCUGGUCGUCGAGUUCGAGAGUCACCAAGCCCGCGAGGACGUCGCCACAGCCUUUGAGCAGACUUGCUUCCUCAUGCGCGAACGCGUGCGCAUUUAUCACCAGGACCUCGCCGAUUCCCGGAAUCAGCAUGUGGUGUCAUGA